AUGCACAGCGGUGCAGGGCGGUGGGUGGAGGCGGCUGAAUGCUUCUCCCAGGCGAUCAACCACUCCAAGGAGCGUGCUGACGUGGCGGUACAGCUGGCAGCUCACCUGGGCGCGGGUGUGGCAUUGGCGCAGCAGGUGGGUUCCAGUGCAUGUGAAUCAUUUAACUCUCGUCCUGUCUGUAUACGCCUGUGGUGUUUUGAGACGUCUCAAAACAUCUCUUUUAUCUCGUCCUGUCUGUAUACGCCUGUGGUGUUUUGA